CGGGAAAAGACCUUGUUGGGUCUAAAGACAGCACUUUUCUUUACGAGUCAUUUUUAAGCAUGUUCAUGUCUCCGUUUUAACAGUUAUUUGUAGGCUUCUCUUGCUCUGCAAGAGGUUAAAGGUCAGUGGUGAAAGGGCACAGUUGUUGAAACAUCUGAGAAGCGAAGUUAGUAAAUUCAAGAUAUGGCUAAACAUCAUCCUGAUCUUAUUUUUUGUAGAAAACAGGCUGGAGUGGCCAUUGGAAGAUUAUGUGAAAAAUGUGAUGGUAAAUGUGUGAUAUGCGAUUCCUAUGUCAGGCCUUGCACUUUGGUCCGAAUUUGUGAUGAGUGUAAUUAUGGCUCCUAUCAGGGACGAUGUGUGAUCUGUGGAGGCCCUGGUGUCUCAGAUGCUUACUACUGCAAAGAAUGUACUAUCCAGGAAAAAGAUAGAGAUGGUUGUCCCAAGAUCGUCAACCUGGGAAGCUCCAAGACAGACCUUUUCUACGAGAGAAAGAAAUAUGGUUUUAAGAAGAGGUGACCCUACACUUGCAAGAGGGGUGACUGACAGCAAACACAGACUCUGGAGAACUUUUUUUUUUUUUUUUUUUUUUUUAUUACAGUGGUCACCAUACUCCCUUGUAUAACUCCUGAAGAAAACAGCCAAAUUGCUAAUUGACAAAAAGCAGAUUUCAUUGUACUUGGUCAUUUUAUAUACCAUUACCCUCUCCUUUUUUAAGGAAAGUGUUGUGUUCAUUUUAAGUAAUAAACUUUUUCCAGUGGUGGUAA